AAGAGUUUGAACUAAAUUCUUUGAGCUAACCGGAACUGUAAAAAGAUCGAACCAAGUUCCCUUCAAUCCAAAAGUCACUACAGACGGAACGGGUCGUGGUUUCCUCAUUGCCGGAAUUGGCAUGCCGUGCCCGACCCCCAUAAUCGAGCAUACGUCGCUUCAUGCCUUCAUAUCUGGAUUCUUUUGGACACUACGAACACGUCAACCUAAAGCAAUAAAGCGAUCGGAGCGUGGUCUAUUGUUAUCAAAAGUAUGCUGCUAAGUCUCAGAUCUUAUCUCCCCAAAAGCACCAUUAUAUGCACUAAGUAACAAUAGCUGAAACUCCACUAACAAUCCAUAGUAAAGCCAGAAAAAAGUCCAUAAAGCCAAGACACAAACAAAAAGAACUACCUCCCUCCAUUAUUACUUAGCAUUUAAGAAAUGAAGACCCGCACAAGGCACCCAGAAGUCGAAUAUCCUGUUCACAAAGCUUUGGCCCAGAAAGAGGGAAGCACCGAGGUAUACAUCCACCACCCUACAAAAUUGCAGAAGGCUCGCCUUGUUUUCAGAAAAAGCAGAACCACAUUAGUAAAGCAGCCCAUGAAGAAAGAAGAAGAAGCGGAAAGUAAUACCCGCUCUCAGACCGAGCAAUCAGAAGAAAGAAGGCAAGCAAGCAAGCAAAGAAGCGAGUAGAAGCCAAUCUAGAGAGAGAGAGAGAGAGAGAGAGAGAGAGGAGGGGAGAUGGCCAUGUACCGAUGCAGCAACAUGGUGAUCGGGUACCUGAACCUCUUGUCGCUGCUGGCGUCGAUUCCGAUCAUCGGCGGGGGACUGUGGCUGGCGCGGAGCUCGAAGACGUGCGAGUCGUUGCUGCAGAAGCCGCUGCUGGUGCUGGGCUUCGUGGUGCUGCUGGUGUCGCUGGCGGGGUUCGUGGGGGCGUGCUUCAACGUGGCGUGGGCGCUGUGGCUCUACCUCCUGGUGAUGCUCCUCCUCAUCGCGGCGCUCCUCGGCCUGACGGUGUUCGGGUUCGCCGUCACCGGCCGCGGCGGCGGGGUGCAGGUGCCCGGCCGGGUGUACCGGGAGUACCACCUGGAGGACUAUUCCCGGUGGCUCCGGCGGCGGAUCACGGAGGGCCGGUACUGGCAGGCGGCGAGGGCCUGCGUCGUGGGCUCCAAGGCCUGCGCCAACAUCGUACUCUGGACUCCCUUGGACUACCUCCAAAAGGACCUCACGCCGAUCCAGUCCGGGUGCUGCAAGCCGCCGACAUCGUGCACGUACAGCGCGGGGGCGGCGGUGGCGGCGCAGGACGCGGACUGCUACCGGUGGAACAACGCGGCGAGCGUGCUGUGCUACGAGUGCGACUCGUGCAAGGCCGGGGUCCUGGAACAGGUAAGGCGGGACUGGCACAAGCUCUCCGUCCUCAACGUCGUCGUCCUCGUCUUCCUCCUCGUCGUCUACUUCACUGGCUGCUGCGCCCUCCGCAACGCCCGCCGUGCCGAAUACGGGUACCCCUAUGGCGAGAACCACAUGUCCAAAAUGCGACCUCGCUGGGACUACUACUGGGGGAGGUGGUGGCGUGACAGAAGGGACCAGCUCUAUUAGCUCCCUUCCCUUCGUUUUGACCCGGAUUGUGCCAUGAAGGUUGUGAGUUUCUCGGGCCUGUAGAUAUUUUGGUUGAGCGUAUGACUAGGAGAUGGAUGAAGCUCCAUUGGAAUGCAUGCUGAGGAGGAUUUUGGAAUGGAAUGAUUUGUUGUCCAGAUGACUCUAAGGUGAUAGACUGCAUACUUCAUCAUCACUCAAUCGCCACUGCAUCUGCUUUCCAUGAAGUCCAGAGCAAGCAUCCUUGCAAUAUGUAAUAUAUAUACACGCAUGAGCAUGCAUUCUAAGAUAAUUCAACGUUGACAAAAAGAAUCGAUCCUUGCUUCCAUACAGAGACAAAACGAGCACAAUUGUAGUUGUGUAAGCCUUUUUGAUUAAAUUCCAUUAGCUUCUUAUGCCCA